AUGUUGAACGCAUAUUUACAUACACAGUACCACAAACAUAGUGCGGUGCCCUCUACCUUUGAGUCUCUCUCUGAUUUUUCUCUUCUCUACUUCGUCCCCUCUGUUUCAUUACCCAUCCACCGCCAUAACCGUAUUAUCUCUUCAACCUCUUCGCAAUUCUCACCGGGAAGCAAGAAGGGGGAGUCCAAAGGAAGCCCAGAAAAAAAAGGGGGUAUUUUUAGUGUUCGAGGUGGUGGUGGUUUUCCGAUGGCAGCGCCGCCGGUGAAAUCGCAGCCAUUGCACAACUUCCCUCUCUCCCAACUGAGAUGGGCCCACAAGAAAUCGUCCUCCGCCGCAGCUGGCUCCGCCCUCCACCCCCACCGCUCCCGCCGUCGCGAUUCCCCUGACGAUCAGGGCCGCCGCGGCCGUCCCGACUCUGAGUCCGACCGCGAGGCCCAACCUCAGGACCCUGUUCAGGACCCAGCGGCCGAUUCGCCUCCGAAAGGCAAGGUUUUAGCUCCUGAGGCGGCGGUGGAGGAGGACGAGGACGAGGAGGCAAAGCCGUGGAACCUGCGGCCGAGGAAGGAGGUAGCCAGGGCGGUCGCGUCGUCAAGAAAGGAAACGGUCUGUGCCGAGAAAAACGACGGUAAAAACAGCGGCGGCAACUGUAGCGGGAUAAAGUCGCAGAGGCUGAGGGGCAUGGCGGAAGGGGCGCACAACGGCGGUGGCGAGAGGGAGGGAAAGAGGAAAAUCUGGAUUUCUCUGUCCAAGGAAGAAAUCGAGGAGGAUGUUUACGCAUUUACCGGCGGAAGACCUUCCCGGAGGCCAAGAAAAUGGCCUAGGAACGUUCAGAAGCAGCUAGAUAAUGUAUUUCCUGGGAUGUAUUUGGUUGGGGUUGCAGCUGAUUCGUAUCGAGUUAUGAUGUCCUGGAGCCUUCUUGAAGGAAUCUUGAACAUGUAUUUUUUGUUGUCUCAGUUGCAGAACAGGAAAACCUUUUCAACU